AUGCCUUCAGUGUUUGGGUCCGUCCUGGACCCAACAGCGUCGCUGCGUGAAGACGCGAUGCUGAUCAGUGAUGACCCCUCAUCGGAGAAACAACUGGCAAGUGAGGGUCUUGCCCUUGGAGGGGGUGGAGCAGGUGGAGAUGCUGAAAGCGUUGCCAUAGCGUUCAGCUCUGUUUCUAACAAAGAGCAGAUCAAAAACACUUCAUCGACAGCAGGCGGAGAAAAAGUUGGACUAGAUAAAGCGCACCAUGGUCCGGACACUGCAACAACAACUUCUGGUGCCAAGGAGGUUGUUGCAGUGCAACGAGAUGCAGCGAUCAUGGUUACCGCAACACCUGUGGAGCCGGAGAUCGAGCGUGACACAGAGGAAACGGAAGAGAUGACUGCCGAUGAAGUGUGGCGGACAGUGCUUAUGCCGCAGAAACUGGCUGGCUCACCUGUGAUGGCAUUCGCUGCCGGAUAUGAUCAACGUACUGCUGUAACCAGGCCUCAUUCUGAACAAUGAAUUUUCCCUGCCUUUGCUCCUAUUUUUUGAUCAAUUUAUAUCGUAGGGGCAUUAGCGUAGUUGUUAAGGAGAUUAAGAGCUCCCCCCUACGCCGGUAGCUACGCGGAAAAUAUGUAGACAGGUUCUUCACGGAACUCGCUCGCGAUACAAAAAAAAAUAAUUUCUUGUGCAUCAAAUUGAAUUUGAAACUUAAGCGAGAUGAAAACGAUUAAUGCUUGGAUACAUAAAUGAGCUUGAAAAAUAUGGUCUCCCAAGAUUGAUGUCCCCCAAGCAAUAUUUACAGGUUUGUUCGACGGAUGGGUGAAGCAGCCCUCGCCAUGCUGCGGUGCGGCGUCGGUUGCUGGUGCCUGGAACGCUCUCCGUGUGGUUCACCGUGCGGAUUCGCAGGCGAAGAAUUUCCGUGAUUUGACUGAUGUGCUUGCGAAAUACUGCGACGCGUUGGCUCGCGGUCGUCGGAAGCGACUAGAUCGGAUGCUGGACGGAUACCUGCGAUGCGUCCUGCCUGGUGAGGAAAUACGCAAGAUGGGAGAGUUCUUCGACGUAAGGCUCCGCGAUCCUAUGUUUUUCAACAACCCAGAAGCAGUACAGGCGGAAUACAUGCGCCGAAAUCUGUAUCCGAGACCUGUAUCACCUUCUGUAGGACCUGCGCUUCAUCUUCGCUCAGGCGAUUCUGUUGCCAGUUCUGCGUCUGUGCUGGCGCAGGCAGAUGCUGGCUUGACAAGCAGUCAGGGCCAAGUUGCUGUCCCUGGAGAAGACCCAUCUUCACGGGAAUCGAGUACGGAUUUAGCUGCUUCGGCGCUAGAAACGUCGCUAGAUCAUGUAGAUGCAGUUGCGCCAGGUGCCACCUGUACUACUUCGAAUAUGGCAGAUGAAGCAGACGGAAUAGAUGAAACAAGUAACAAAAGAAUUUUAGAACAAGGGCAGCAGGCAAUUACAUCACCCGACAAUCCUGUGCCUGUUGAAGCGCCAGGAGCGCCUUCGCGGACGAAAAUAGUGCCCGGCAAAGACAUGUGUGAACGGGAGAAGAAAUCACUGCCAGUGUCGAAAUAUCGUAAGACUGAGGAGAAAUUUCCGAUGAUCCUGUUUCUGGAGAAAUAUUUGGAAGAAUAUCUCUUCGAAGUUGAACAGAGGACUUGGACCGGCACCAAGAAGAAGAAGCUGCAGCAUCAGCAGAAGGCGGGCGACGAGAAGCCGCCUGAAGGGGUUACUAAGACGGCAGCGCAGAAUGCAUUAAAGGCGGUCUGCGAAGCGCGAGCCGUAGCACAGGGAUUUCGACCCCGCGACGACGCAGAGGUUAGCUGGCCACGCGAUGCGUCAGAGAGCAGUUCUGUGUCGACAGAAGGUAAUUACCACUACAAUGUUGUACCAUUUCCAAUUAUUUCCGUUUGCACAAGAUGAGAUACUAGAGACAAAACAGGUGCACAAUUGACGAUGCUCGCGGGGAAGUCAUCUGUUUCGCCUUCGAUUCAAAAAAAGCCUGCUACUCGUUCCUAUACCCCUAGGGUUCAUCAUUUCAAAAUCGGCAGGUUCGUAGGCAAUUAGUCUUAGUGCGCAGUAAUAUAAGGAGGUAAUCGGACUCCACCUGUCGCCGGUUUGCGAACUGGAUAAAACUGGGAUCACCCUUCCGGCGGUCUUGGAAUACAAGAAAAAAAAAAUCCUAACGAACUGAAGGGUCACUGAAAUUGCAACUCUCCUCUGUGCCUCUACAUACACUACAGCCGUGACCGCUGGUUCUUCGUCGUGCAGCAGCGCAACUGGAUCGCGUUCUGGCAGUAAAGAGAGCGUCUUGUCUGAAGUGUUUUUCACACCUUACUCCGACCUCUCUUCUGCAUCCGAAACCGACUGUGUGGCUGGUGAGGGUGGAACGAUGUCAUCAAGCGCGGUUCGGGGUCGUGGAAAUAGCAGAGCAGGUCUUGACGAAGACGCUAAUAUCAUUUUUACUGGCACAAAGAAUGAUAUCAUGAAUCAGACGAUAUCCUCAGCAAUAGCCGGGGCAGCGGAGAAGGAGGCCCUUGCCGCAGCAAUCGACAGUCAAAAACCUACGGAUUUUGAGGCAUUGUUGUGGACUUCUCUUCUGGAAAUGUCGACGGAGGAACGCUUUCUCACGGAAUUAGGUUUCUAUUAUUUGAUUGUUCAUGUUGAGCAAACGGCUUCGGGUCGUGGCGGUACUUUUGAAAUAACCUACGCGAAGGAAGGACAAGCUGAUAAAGCUAAAAUUCCUUUGGACGUAGUAAAACACUUACUGUCCGUUUCACAAAAAGUUCUCAUAUCUCACUUCAUCAGGUGAGAUGUACAUCAAAAAGCGCGCAGUGGCUCGGUUGACGCAGUAUCUCCCAGGAACUGCAGAGAUCGGCAAUUGGGGAAUUCUGAAAGCUUGUCGUCGCGUUGGGCUUGCUGCGUCCACGCUUGUGAAUCGUCGAAGCAUUAUGGCCGAAAAGAACGCCAGUGAUGCAGACCGCAAAGCAAGUUUGUGGAAUCUGUUGAAGUCGCACAUUGGACAGCCAAAUUGCGUUCUCCUCUUCCACUUGACCAACCACUACGCGCUGAUCUAUUGUUGGCGAGAGUUUUUCCACGAGGUUGAUGAGAUUCCUACCGCCUCGGUCGCAGCAGCACCAGAAAACACGGAACAAGCGUUGGAGGGGAGCAGCGCCGCAUCUACGGCAACCGCUGCUGUCGAGGAAGACAAAAAUGACAAGAAUCCGAAUGGCGUGUCCUUAACGGAGGUCGAGAUGGACGUGGUUGGCAAGGAUUCAUCGUCCACCAGCUCUUCCUCGGAAACAGCAGAGGCGCGACCCAAGGCUUCUCCGAAACGCUUGUCCAUCGCAACUCCUCGUGGUGGCACCAAGCGGAAAAAGAAGAUCUCCAGUCCCUCCAAGAAAAACAGCGGCGGGAAAAGCGGAAUGUCCUCCUGCCAAAGCGCGAACUUCGUCCUGGUCCCCAGUGGCGGAAUCCGGCCAGCAGCGGCGAAACAAGCACCACCGCUACCAGUGAUAGGCGGCACUUCACUGAUAGGACGCGAUGAAGGAGAUUUAUGGCGAGAACUAAACGACUUUUACUGAAGUGUCUUCUUUCUCACAACAAACCAACGUUUCCACGAUGUGCUCUCAAAUAAUCAUUUGAAACUAAGAUAGGACACUGUCUCAAAAGGUAAAAUGCAGUCUAAUUCUUGAUGACGAGCCUAUGGACGUUGUAGAAACGCAAACAGCAGCACCGGAGCGCGCUUCUGGAACCCGAAUUAUGAAGCACGUGCGAGAGAUCUACACAGCGAGAAAAGGUCAACGGCCGACGGCGUGGCUAAGCCUGGACGAGGUGUAUAAAAUCUUGGUCGGAUGGUCGGGUUACGCCAUCAUAAAAGUGUCCCUGAAGCGCCCACAAGACGGUGGGUCAGAUCAGAGCAAUGAUGAGGAGGACGAAGCCGAUAUCUGUCAAUGAAGUAGGACACAGACUACGCACAAAUAUUAAGUAACCAUAAUCCAUUGCUUAAUGAAUAAGUUGGGCCUUUUAUCAAUCCGCCCCCUGCUAGCGCUAGGAGAUUCAUCCGAUUGAUUAUCACGUCUGAUAUCGACGCAAUACCCAUACGGGAUCCCUACUCCUUGUUGAUAGAGUUUUACCCCCGAUAGCGCAUAUCAUGAUCCUAUGAUAUAGUAGUAGUUUUAUCAUAGUCACUAGAAGUAUAUAAUAAUGAGUCCUUCCUAGAAUGACCUACUAGUACUAGUUUAUUAUAUGAAACUAGAAAACUUUUUUACUCAUUUUCUGGGUGCCAGGGGGCGACCCACUAUCGCGAAUCAAUCCAGUAGCAAUAUCGCAUCAGCACGUCCUGUCGUUAGUUUGCUUGGGGUGCUCGAAUGAAUUUCUGCUGUGUUGUGGAGUUAAAGCUCCUCUUUUCCCUUGGGAGCUGGUCUAUAUCUCGCACACAUAUACAGUAUGUCAUGUGUAUUUACAGAAUUAUGAAAAGGGACUAAUUAAUUUGGUAGAACGCAUUCUUGUGGUUUUUCAGAAUUUUUUUGUAAAAUGUCAAUCGCGAGGACGAGCAUGCCAGUUUGCACAGAUUGGCAAUGCCUCGUGUGGUCUUCGCUAUUCCAAUCCUUAUGAAUAUCCCUGUUAUAUAUUGUUCAUAUUCUUGUAUAGCAACAUUGGUAAUUGAGAAAAAACUCCAAAUUACGGCUGAAAAUUGGGGGAUGUUAGUUUCUAAAAGAGAAACAAAAUUGAAAGGGAAUCGCUUUGCUCCUUGAAGAAUUUUCAAAUUUAUGUGUUGUAAUAAAAGACAUCUCUGACGAUGGCAUGGUGGAAUUUUCACCACUCUGUCUCCAGAAACAAGAAUGACGUCCGCGCACUUCAACUGGGAUUUUCUCCCUCUUCCGCUUCCUAGCUCCGCUUCUUGUUUUUGAAUAUUUCCGCUACCAGUUGUUCUCUUCUAGCUCGACGUCCUUCUUUUGGAGAGAGCAAUAAAUACUUACCGGAAACAUGAAUGGAACUGAACCAUGUUUGAUGUUCGAUAAAUCAGGAUCCAUCUGCAAUCGGUCAUAAAAAUAAUUGUCUUGUCCUUGCUUACAAGAAAGAAGUUGAUGAGGGAGCUGCUUCGCUAGGACGGCUCCUAUGAUCUGCUUAUAGCCUGCUCCUUCUCCCCGGUUUUUCUUCGGCACAGCUGCAAUUUUGUCGUCGAUUCUCCUGAGCUCUACAUUUUACACAUUGAUUGACUUUUUCGCAGCAGGCUGUAAUGGGCCGAAGCCUUCCA